AUGAAUGUAGGUGAGGGUGUGAACAAUAUGGUGACUAUAUCAGAGGCAUUCAAUAGUGUCAUUAUAGAGUCAAGAGCAAAGCCAUUGGUGACCAUGUUAGAAGAAAUUAGGGGAUGCAUCUUGGAAAGGUGGGCAGCAAAUAGGGUGAAAUCCUCACAAUUAAAUGAUGGGGAUGUUUUGCCAAACAUCAGGUGGAAAGUUGAAAAAACAAGCAGUUUCACACAUUAUUGGAUAAUAAGGAUGUCAUGUGAGUUUAUAUUUGAAGUAAGACAUAUUAAGAAUCAAGGUGAUAUUUUGUUGUCAACUUGA